AAUUACUGACUUAUUAUGUUUUACUAUUUCUAAUUGUUCCAAAACGCAUAGUCGUAGGCCUUUAUUGCAAGUGUGUAAAAUGUCAUACAUAUGAUUAUCUGCCAGCUUAUGGCCAGUAUCUAGGAGAUGCUUUGCAAAGUGCGACCUUUGUGGACGGUCAUUUCGAACAGCGGAUAUGUGUUCCUUGUAACGUGUAUCAAAAUUCCGACCGGUUUGACCAAUAUAUGUUGCAUUACAUUCAGAACAUUGCAAUUUAUAUACUCCCGAUUUAUGUUGCUUUUCUAGUUUAUCUUUACCAUUGCAAAUAUUUUUAAGAGAGUUAUUUGUUCUGAAAGCCACAUUUAUAUCAUGCUUUCUAAGUGUUUUUGCAAUACGUUCCGACACUGGACCAAAGUAUGUUAGACUAGCUUUAAAUUUUUUAGGUUUUUCUAAUGGAAUUCCAUAAAGUUCUUUUCUAAUCAACACCAAUUGUUUCUUAUUGAUUAUUCUAUUCACAAUAUUCGGGUUGUAUCCAUUCGAAAUGGCCAUGCGAUAUAUUAUAUUUAAUUCCUUGUUAUACUGAUCCCUAGUUAGAGGAAUGGACAUCAGUCUAUGAACAUAACUAUGGAAAGCUGCUAAUUUAUGUUGCCAUGGAUGACAAGAUGAAGCUGGUAUGGUUAUAUCUGUAUAAGUUGGCUUACGAUAAAUCCCAAAGUGAUGUCUAUUAUUAACUCUAGUGAUUGUUACAUCAAGGAAAUUUAAAGAAUUAUUCUGUUCUAUUUCUAAUUUAAAUUUAAUUUUUGGGUGCAAAUUGUUUAAUUUAUCUACAAAGACAUCCAAUUGUCUGUCCGUUUCAGUCCAGCAUAUAAUUAUAUCGUCUACAUAUCGAUAGUAAUAUAAAAUGUGAUUAUUUUUAACAAUAUUUUUAUUUUCAAAGUCAUCCAUAAAUAUGUCAGCCAUUAAGGGACUCAAAGGUGAUCCCAUAGCUAGCCCUUCAUUUUGCUGGUAGUAAUCAUUAUUAAAUCUAAAAUAAUUUUGUUCCAUACAUAUAUGUGUUAACUCAAUCAACUCUGCCAUUUCAGAAGGAUGCGUUUUAUUUAUUUCUAACAAUUUAUUUAAAAUGUCCAGUGUUUCGUUUACUGUAAACGAAACACUGGACAUUUUAAAUAAAUUGUUAGAAAUAAAUAAAACGCAUCCUUCUGAAAUGGCAGAGUUGAUUGAGUUAACACAUAUAUGUAUGGAACAAAAUUAUUUUAGAUUUAAUAAUGAUUACUACCAGCAAAAUGAAGGGCUAGCUAUGGGAUCACCUUUGAGUCCCUUAAUGGCUGACAUAUUUAUGGAUGACUUUGAAAAUAAAAAUAUUGUUAAAAAUAAUCACAUUUUAUAUUACUAUCGAUAUGUAGACGAUAUAAUUAUAUGCUGGACUGGAACGGACAGACAAUUGGAUGUCUUUGUAGAUAAAUUAAACAAUUUGCACCCAAAAAUUAAAUUUAAAUUAGAAAUAGAACAGAAUAAUUCUUUAAAUUUCCUUGAUGUAACAAUCACUAGAGUUAAUAAUAGACAUCACUUUGGGAUUUAUCGUAAGCCAACUUAUACAGAUAUAACCAUACCAGCUUCAUCUUGUCAUCCAUGGCAACAUAAAUUAGCAGCUUUCCAUAGUUAUGUUCAUAGACUGAUGUCCAUUCCUCUAACUAGGGAUCAGUAUAACAAGGAAUUAAAUAUAAUAUAUCGCAUGGCCAUUUCGAAUGGAUACAACCCGAAUAUUGUGAAUAGAAUAAUCAAUAAGAAACAAUUGGUGUUGAUUAGAAAAGAACUUUAUGGAAUUCCAUUAGAAAAACCUAAAAAAUUUAAAGCUAGUCUAACAUACUUUGGUCCAGUGUCGGAACGUAUUGCAAAAACACUUAGAAAGCAUGAUAUAAAUGUGGCUUUCAGAACAAAUAACUCUCUUAAAAAUAUUUGCAAUGGUAAAGAUAAACUAGAAAAGCAACAUAAAUCGGGAGUAUAUAAAUUGCAAUGUUCUGAAUGUAAUGCAACAUAUAUUGGUCAAACCGGUCGGAAUUUUGAUACACGUUACAAGGAACACAUAUCCGCUGUUCGAAAUGACCGUCCACAAAGGUCGCACUUUGCAAAGCAUCUCCUAGAUACUGGCCAUAAGCUGGCAGAUAAUCAUAUGUAUGACAUUUUACACACUUGCAAUAAAGGCCUACGACUAUGCGUUUUGGAACAAUUAGAAAUAGUAAAACAUAAUAAGUCAGGAAUUACCUUAUUAAAUGAACAAAUAGAGUUAUCGAAGUCACCAUUAAUAAAAAUGUUUGAAUGCGAUGCGAGAUAAAUCGCUUAUAUUAUGAGUAUCUUGGCAACGCCCACCUCUUGCCCCACCUACU